CUUUCACGUGCAAUGUGUUAGUGUUCAGGUUUGCUGUCUUAAUUUUCAUUAAAUGAUGAAGACUGGAGCUUACCCCCUCAGAAAUAUAGCAAGCUAGGCCACAGCAACAUGGUGUGAUCACUGUAACCAUGCUGAAGGUAGUACUUGUGCUUGGAUGCCUCCUGAGCCUCACUCUGGCUCAUCCUGUGGGCCGCAAUCGACAUUCUUGGUCACGCUACUAUGAGGGUUCCCACAUCCGGCCUCGACUGUCUCUGCAACGGCAACUAUGGCUGAAGUUCUUUUUUGACUUCUUCUGCCGAACUACCACAACUACUACUGCACCUAUCACUUCCACUACUGCACCUAUCACUUCCACUACUGCACCUAUCACUUCCACUACUGCACCUAUUACUACUCCUGCACCUAUCACUUCCACUACUGCACCUAUUACUACUACUACUGCACCUACUACUACUACUGUGGCAACUACAACUCUUAGGGGAGACGGGAAGUAGUAAUAGUAAUACUUUUUGUCUACUACCUAUAACUCUGCUCUCAAAAUUACUAUUGUAACUAUACUACUCCCAAACAAAGGAUUGGUUACUGUACAUGUAAACAUUGGUAGUUAUGCUACAGAUGUUCAUGGAACACGAUCCAUGACUUG